CCCGCCUCCAUCCCACGCUCCGGCCCCUGCUCAUCCACCUCCCUCCGCCCUGGCCCCGGCUCCAGCUCAGUCCCAGGGCCCGGGCCUCAUGGCUCAGAUGGCUACCACGGCGGCUGGGGUGGCGGUAGGUUCGGCUGUGGGUCACGUGGUUGGCAGCGCCAUCACAGGAGCGUUUAGUGGCGGCAGCAGCAGCAGUUCAGAGCCAGCGAAGCCUACAUACCAGGAGCCCCCCCGGCCCGCUCCGGCCCAGCCGGGGCCCUGUCACUUUGAGGUCAAACAGUUCCUGGACUGCGCCACCAACUCCAGUGACCUGAGUUUAUGUGAGGGCUUCAACGAGGCGCUCAAACAGUGCAAGUACUCCCACGGUGAGUCCCUGAAGCCGCAUUAUACAGCACUACUGAAACAAGCCAUGAACAACUUAUGAG